GACUCAACAACAAAGCCUCUUCCUCUGUCUCUCUGCCUCUCUUUUCCUCCCUGCCCUCCUCAUCCUCCGAUCCAACACCAAGGCAGAGAGAAAGAAGAGAGAGUUCGGGCUAACCAAUCGAGCGGGGUCGGGUCCAGAAUCCAGUACUUGGAUUCCAUGGAACCCAUCAACGUAGAAAAGUCUGGUCAUGGUCAUCUGGAACAGGGCAUCUCGGCGGUUCUAUCUCGAUGGAAUGGCCUUGAAAUGGCUGUCCAGAACCAGUGGGGUGGCCGAGACUCAACCCGCAAAGCCCAGCAACUUUCUGCCGAUAUUCUCUCUUGGUUCUCUCAAUCCAAAGCACCACGUUACGUGGAAGAUCUAGAAAACUUGCUACAUGAACGCAUGCUUCUGUCUUUCAACACAGACAUAGAGGACGGAAGCAUCGAGGAGUACAGGUGGCCGAACAAUUGAUGAUUGUACAUGAGGAAUACUUGCAUGGAAACCUUUAGAGAUAUUUAUGUGUUCAAUUUUUUUAAAUAGUCUGAAAGUACUGGUUAGGAUACAUGGACAUGGACACAGAGUCAAUUGAAAUUGGCCACCAAUUCUACUUAGCUUCAAGCUUUGAAUGAAAGCAAGUAGCAUUACACAGGGAGACUAAACACAGGUACCUGAAACGAGAGCAGUCGAGAUUCGAUUGAUUGAAGCCGAUAUGAGGAGGAUUUCUACAGGGAAUUGGAUACAGCCUUAAUAUUUCUCAGCUUGACACAGAACCAAGAAUUAAAAAGAGCAUUUCAACAAAUCAACAUCUAUGGGAAGAAGAAGGGUAACUCAGAGUCACAGUUAGUAAACUUUUGAGUACAAAUAUACUCAGUUGUAGUGAGUGAUUACGUUGCCUCUCUCUGGCAGUGUUAUCAGUAACUUUCUUUUUGGGUUUCCUCUGUUACAGUUCACUGUAAAAACUACAUAUAUUUACCUAAGAAACCAUUAAUUCAUGGUAUUAGUUUUCAGCCCUUUUGUCUUUUCGAUAUAGAAUUUUUCUUCUGCUGGCUCUAUAAUUUUGUUCCGUGAGAAUGUAUGAAAUCUAACAAAACCUUCCAAUCUGUAGAAGACGCUGAAAACUAGAGAUUAGACUAUGUA